UCAAUAGUUCUAAGGUAAUUCUCAUAGUCCAGAGUAGCAGUACCCUUCUUCUUGGCACCACAAUGAAGAAGGGGAACAUGUUGAAUUACAGGAAGAAAAAAGAAACAAUCAAGAAAAAAACUAUGGAGCUUUCAAUCCUCUGUGGCGUUAAAGCUUGCGUCGUUCUUGUUGAUCCUAAUGGGGAAGUUGAUACAUGGCCUGAAAAUCCGACGGACAUGAACCCCAUUAUUCAAUCCUACAAAAAAAGUCUAAUUGACGGCAAGAAAGUAGUAAAGUCAAAAAAGAAUCUUGAUCUGUUUUGUGAUAAUGAUGAUGAUCAGUGGCUUAGUAACAUGUCUAGAGAGUCGAAAGAAAGUUUGUUGGUGAAGUUGAAUUCGAAAUUAGCGGCUGUGGAGAAAAGGAUUGAAUUCUUGAAGAUGGUGAAUAAUGGACAUGGAGUUGUUGGUAAUGUUACUGGUUUAAGUUCAGGAGGAAAAGAAGUAGUUGCUAAUCAAGAACCCCAUAAUUCAGAUUUUGAAUUCUUGGAAAGUAUUGUUGGAAUUAAUGGUGAUCAACUGAGAAACAAUAGUGCUAAUUAUAAUCAAGGAAACGAAGUUAUUAUUGCUGAUCAAGAAUUCUGGGAAAUUAGUGGUGCAAUUAGUGGUGAUCAAUUGAGAAACAAUAGUGCUUAUAAUCAAGAAAACGAAGUUAUUAUGGCUGAUCAAGAAUUCUGGGAAAGUGGUGGUGCAAUUAGUGGUGAUCAACUGAGAAACAAUGGUGCUUAUAAUCAAGGAAACGAAUUUGUUGUGGCUGAUCAAGAAUUAUGGGGUAGUGUUGCAAUUAAUAAUGGUGAUAAACUGAGAAAUUGUUCUGCUUAUGAUCAAGUCCAAGGAGUUGAUAUUUUUGGGCAUGAUGGACGAUUAGUGGUAAUACCUAAUGAGAUGAACAUGUGGGAGACACUAAACAAUCUGGAGAAGUACGAUUUUGGGACUAAUGAUCUUUGGCCAAUGGUCUCUGAUCCUGAAUUUGAUCUAUUGCCACAACAAGAGGCUACUGGUUUUGGUACAUUGUUGAACAGUCUACUUGCUAAUGAGCCUAAUUAUGAUUAUUCCAUUCCCUUUUCCGCUAAUACUUUCUAGGUUUUCUGCUAACUAUUCCCCCAAGUUUUGAAUUUUUUUUGGGGUGUGUGUUGAGCUUAGAUAUUCUUUUGUAUUUUUUGGAAUUUCUUUUUUAGGUAGAAUACUGGUUUUACUAUGUAUUUGUCUGGGGGUAGUUCGGUUUGGCGUACAUGCAGGUGUAGUCAUUAGUUUUUGUUGGGUAAAUUUACUGCUCCUUCAAAAUUGUUUAUUGAUUGCUGUACUUAGUUGAUGCAGUUUUUUUGGUAAAAAUAGGUUAUGUUA